AUGCUCUGGAUCUCCGGGCCGGCAUGCCACGUCCUUUCCCGGAUCCGCUGCGCGAUCGCUGACGUGGCGCCCGACGCCGCGUCAGCAGACAUCAGUGCUGCCACAUCAGCGACAAAUGGCGAGGUGAAAGGAGAGCAGCAGCAGGGUGAUGCAGUAGCAAGCAGCGGAGCAGCAGAGAGUGCGGGAGAAGCGAAAGGCUCGUCUUAUCAAGCAGUCAUGGUGACAGAGUCUCGUGUACUCUUUGGUGAGGGAGGAGGGAGAGGAGGAGCAGAGGCAGGCGGAGGUGACACAGAGGGAGGUGGGGGAGGAAGAGGGGGGAGGAAGGGGAGAGGGAGAAAGGGAGAGGCAGGGCUGUUGGAAGAGGGGGUGGAGGCGACGGGGCCGGUGUGUGUGGGGGAUGUGGUGGUUGCUGUGACGGUGGGCGAUCGGGGUGAGAUGGAGUAUGCGCGGUAUGCGGGGGGGGAUGUACCGGUAGAGGAGAUUAUGGAGAUGUUGGAUGAGGUGAGGGAUAGCACCACGUGGCUGCACUUGGAGCUGCAGCGACCCCUCCUUAUAGUCACACAACAGGUGAGUGCCUGUGUGUGUGUGGGUGGAGGGGGGGAUGUGCCGGUAGAGGAGAUAAUGGAGAUGCCGGAGGAGGUGAGGGACAACUCCACGUGGCUGCAUCUGGAGCUGCAGCGACCGCUCCUUACAGUCACGCAGCCGAACACUGCAGGGACCCAAGGAGAACCCAGCCAGGAAGCAGCCGCCCAAGGCGGCAGCAGCAGCGAUGACAAGGGGGAGGAAAGCGAGCAGCUGAUAGGUGGCAGCAGCAGCAGCACCCAGGCACCCAGCGACGUGGAGGCACAGGCGGGCUCUGCUAGUGCGAGCGCUGGUGGUGCUGCUGCUACCGCUGCAGGUGGUGGAGGUGGUGGUGGGGGUGAUGGUGGUGGUGGUGGUGGUGGUGGUGGUGGUGGUGGUGGUGGUGGUGGUGGUGGUGGUGGUGGUGGUGGUGGUGGUGGUGGUGGUGGUGGUGGUGGUGGUGGUGGUGGUGGUGGUGGUGGUGGUGGUGGUGGUGGUGGUGGUGGUGGUGGUGGUGGUGGUGGUGCAGGCGUGGCGGCCGCCCCUUCGGAUGUCAACGAAACCCGUGUUGACAUCCAUAAGAGUCGUGCGGACGCCAAUGGCAGUCAUGAUGAUGGUGAUGACACACGUGCUCUCGUCAGCCACAUUGCCAGGUGCGACAGUGCCGAACCGGGCGCGGCAGGUCCGGACGAGGCAGGUCAGGACAGGGCAGGUCUGGGCAACGAGGGAGAGCACGAGACAGCUGAAGCAGCAGCAGGGAGCACGAAGCGGAGCAAGAAAGGAGGCAUCCAGUCGCUCCCAAAGGCCAUCCCGCGCGCUAUCACAGCAGCCUUCAAAACUAUCAACUCCGUGGCGCUCCAAGGGAUACACGGCAGCACGAGGAGGGGCGGGGAUUUCAUGCAGCUGCGGGGCAAGGGCGCCGCACAGGCACUUAAAGCCAUAAACCUGUCUGCUGCAGCGGCGGCGUCGCGGGCGGCGGUGAUGGCGGGGCUGUGGGGGGGCGAGAACAGGGAGCUGCUGCGGAAGGAGUUGAUUCUGGACAUGUGGCCGGAGUUGAAGCUGCUGUUGUGGCGCCAAAUGCAAGUCAACCUGCGCAACCGGAGCUUCCUUGCUGCCCGCCUGCUGCUGGUCACCCUGCUGGGUCUCUUUGUGGGAUUUGAUUUCUUCCAGCUGCCAGCAGAGCCGCCCUCUUUUGCACACCUGAACCUGCGGCGGGGCGUGAUGCAGAUCUCGCUCAUCACCAUGACGGUGAACAACGUGAGCCUGCUGCCCGGCUACAUGCUUGAGCGCCAGGUCUACUUCAAGCACCGCAGCGCCCGCUUCUUCCGCACUCGCUCCUACGCACUCUCGCAGCUCAUCGCCAGCCUGCCGCUCUCCAUCGUCGAGGCCACCAUAUGGUCAGUGCUCGUGUAUUUCCUCUCGGGCCUCACUCUCUCUGACUACGGAGCGCACUUCUUCAUCUUCCUCGCAGCGCUCUCCCUCGUGGCCAUCCACGGCGCCGCCAUGAUCCGCUUCAUCGCCUUCACCUCCCGCACGCUCCGCUCCGCCGCGUUCGCCGCAGCAAUCUUCAUGGGCCCGGGCAUGUUCCUCUUCGGCCACAUCCUCGUCGCCAAGGCACUUAUACCAAGUUUCUGGAUCUGGCUAUACUGGAUCAACCCCAUGCAGUGGGCGUCGACGGUUCUGGCAAUCAACGAGCAGCGGAUGUUCGUUCCUGUGCGGUUCUGCCCGGCUCCUGCGCUGGUCCCGACAAGCAUGCCGUACUGUGUGGGCCGCGAGGGGUGGCCGAUCGGCCGAGCCUAUAUGGAAGAAUACAGCUGGAACUACGAAUGGGGGUUUUUGAUCGCAGGGCCGUUUGUGAUCCUCGCGUGGAUUGCCAUUUGGACGGUGGGGACGUAUCUGAGCAUGCGGCCGCAGCACUACAGCACCUUUGCUGCGCCUGUGAGGGUUCUAUCCGAGGCCAAGCGCGGGGAAAAACGGGCUGGCACGAGGGAGGAGGGGAACGGGAAGGGGAAUGGGGGAGUGGGUGGGGGAUCAGCAACGAGGGCUCUGGAGGCAGUUAGGGCGGUCCUGGGGGGUCCAGGUCAGGAGAGGGGCAGUGGGAAGGAGGGAGCAGCAGCGGGUGAAGGGGAGGGUGGUUCCCAAAAAGUGUCUGCAGGAGCAGGGGAGCAGGGAGGGCAGGGAGAGCAGGGAAGGCAGGGAGAGCAGGGAGGGCAGGGAGAGCAGGGAGGGCUGGGGAGGCAACUGAGCUACAGAGAUGUGGAGUGGGGUCCUGUGAGUGUGAGGGACAGAGAUGGGAGCUCACGGUAUGCUGAAACAGCAGAGGAAGCGGCAGCAGCAGCAGCGGAGGCAGCAGGGGCAGCAGAGGCAGCGGUGACUGAUUGCAACAUCCCCUUCACCCCGUACCUUAUCACCUUUGAAAACCUCUCCUGCUCCGUGCCACUGCCCGGCCCGCCUGAGAACGCCUGGGGGAAGUCGUCGGUGGGCGCUGAGGAGAGGAGGAGGAGCGAGGCCAGCCGGUGCCUGGUGCGGGGGGUGACGGGGUGGGUGAAACCGGGGGAGGUGACAGCUGUGACGGGCGGCAGGGGCACCGGCAAGACCACUCUGCUCAACUGCCUCGCAGGGCGCAAGAUUCCAGGCCAGUUGGCCGGGCGACUGCUAGUGAACGGCAAGCCAAGGGACCUGCCAUCGUUCCUCCGCACCACAGCAUACAUCCAAGGGGCGGAUCUCUACUACCCCCUGCUCACCCUGAGAGAGAGCCUGCAGUACCGCACCACCCUCACACUGCCCGACCAAGUACACGACGAGCAACGCCGCGCGUUUGUCGCGCAGAUUUUGUCUCUUAUGGAGUUCAAGGGCAGCAUGGCGGACUGCCUGGUGCAGGAUAUUCUGGCGGACGGCGUGGGGUCGGCGUAUGUGGAGAAGCGGAUUGUGUUUGCGAUGGAAAUGGCUGGGAAUCCCAGUGUGGUCUUCUUUGAUGCGCCGUUCCUGCGCAUGGAUACAACAGAAGUGGCAAAGUUUUCCGGCAUGCUGCAGCACGUGGCGGCGGCGUGGGGGAGGGCGAUGGUGGUGGUGUCGAACGCGGUUACCGCCUUCCAUCUCAACGCCUUCCACUCGCUGCUCAUGCUGGGCAGCGGGGGAGACAUGGUCUACUUUGGUCCCGCGGGCAGGAACGGAAAUGCUCUUGUGAUAUCGCCAUGCUCAACGCCCACCCCUCUCCGCUCCUCUCUCCCACUUCACACGCCCCCUCCUUCCCCGCAUUCUCCUCCCAUUUCCUCCCGUCCCCUCUCACCCCCGCUGCAACCCCCACAGGAGUAUUUUUCGGCCAUCCCAGGCACGCCCCAGGUGCCGGCCCACACCAACCCCAUCAUAUUCAUCGAGAACCUUCUAGGGGACGACACUGCCACGCACCAGCGCUCCACCGCGUGUGACUAUGCCGUGGAGUAUCGCGUCUCCGACCUCGCCAUGCUCAACGCCCACCGCCUCUCUGCUCUCAGACGCGGCGGCGCUGCUACUGCUGCCGCCUUUGCUGCCCGCGCCGCUGCUGCAAAUAUCGAGGCUGCGAAAUCUAUGGGCCGGGAUGCUGCUGCUGCUGCUGGUGGUGCAGCCGCUGCUGGCUGUGCUCGUAGUUUCCGUGGUGCUGGUGGGGGGGGACUAGGGGGAGGGGAAGCAGGAGGGGGGGGUAUGGAGCACGAGAGUGCCAGCUUGGCAAUGGUGGCGUCUGACUCAGCGUGGUCCCUCGCUGCAUUGGAGCAUGAAGAGGCAAUUGCAGCCAAGGGGGCAGACGCGCUGGCAGGUGCAGUGAGCGGGCUUGACACCGGUGCUGCUUCUGCUGCUGCUGUUGCUGCUGCUGUUGGUCUGACUGGAAGAGGGUCUGCAGAAGGAGAGGGAGACGGAGGGCAGGGCGGAGGAGGGUGGUUGAAAGCCAAGGGGAUGAUACGACGCCGAGUAGCAUCCGCUGCAGCAGCAGCAGCGAUCGUGUCAAACGCAGCAGAAUCCCACGCAGCAGCCGCAGCAGCAGCAGCAGCAGAAGCAGAAGCAGCAGCAGUGGCAGCAGCAGCAGCCGCAGCAGCAGCAGCAGAAGCAGAAAACUCCUCCAUGAAUCCCACCAGCACCCCCAACGAAGAAGCCACACCAGCGGAGCCGCUGCUCCUCAUGCCCGCGCUGCCGCCCGUGACGGUGAAGUUCCCGAGCCCGUGGCGCAAGCUGAUGGCGGUGCAGUACAGCAUUCACCUCUUCUACUGGCGCAACACCUCGCACUCCCUCAACCGCAUCGUCCAGUCCUCCAUCCUCGGCCUCCUGAUUGGCUCGCUCUUCUACCAAUACCCCGUGCACAACCUGCUGCAGGCCACCACAGCACAGGCGUUCCCCUUUGCAGUGCUGGCGUUUGGCACGACGCUGCAUGGAGGCACGGCGGUGGGGCUGGUGAAUCAGACCAAGAAGGUGUUCGCCCAGGAGCGCGUGUACAACCAGCACUUUGCGUUUCUCUACACGCUGGGCUACACCGUGGUUGAGAUCCCCUACCUGCUGCUCACCUCCCUCGCACUCGUGUCAGUGGCAGCGCCACUGGCAGGCCUGGCAGUGGGCAGUGGAGCGGCGUUCUUCUCCUUCGCUCUCACGCAGUUCCUGGCUGCCCUCUCCGUCACCUACUUUGGCUUCAUGCUCUCCGUCGUCCUGCCCCAACCCAAGUACGCGGCAGUGGUGAUUUCCUUCUUCAUCACAGCAUGGGUGGCGACGUGCGGCUUCUUCCUGCCCUACGCAUUCACCAAAAACUUCUUCCUCGCCGUCUACUGGACCAACCCCAUCCAGGCCGUCCCAUAUCCUCGGAUUUCCCUCUUUCCCUCCCUCUCUCCCCCCUACCCCCAUCCCUCUCUCCCUCCCUCUCUCCCCCCUACCCCCAUCCCUCUCUCCCUCCCUCUCUCCCCCCUACCCCCAUCCCUCUCUCCCUCCCUCUCUCCCCCCUACCCCCAUCCCUCUCUCCCUCCCUCUCUCCCCCCUACCCCCAUCCCUCUCUCCCUCCCUCUCUCCCCCCUACCCCCAUCCCUCUCUCCCUCCCUCUCUCCCCUCGACUCCCAUUCCUCCCAUCCCCCUUCCCCCACACAGUACGCCCUGAACGGCCUCACAGCAACAGCCUACUACUGCAACACCUCUGCACCGGAGUGCACCAUUCCGGGCUGCCCCGGCACCAGUUCAGCGUGCGACAGCUGCCCGUGCAAGUGGUAUCUCAACCCCGUCAGCGGCCCCGAGUAUCUCUGGAACUUCCUCAUCGCCACCAAGUCAGCCCGCAGUGCCGUGCACUGGGACUGGCUCUUCCUCGUCUGCUUCUGCGUCUUCUGCCGAGUUACCGCCUUUGCUGCGCUGCGCUACCUCCGCCAUAACCACAGGGCAUGA